AUGGUCUCCUUUGACGCUCUCUCCCCCGAGGUCCGCAUCGAGAUUCUCUUCUACCUCCCCGACCGAAACGAUGUCACCUGCCUCACAAAGGCCUGCCCUGAGAUGUUAGCCACCUAUACCGCGAACAAGGACCUUAUCAGGCUCCGAUUCUACAAGAACGAAUUCGACGAUGAAAUGCUACAGGACGCCCUUUCAAUUAUUAACUUCCCCAUUCCUGAGGCUGGCGACGAAUUCAUGAAUCCCAUCAUGACAAAACACGCCGAAAUGUGGCUGACCAAGAAGCUUGCACUCCCUGAGCAGGAGAACGGCAUCACCACCACACUCGACCUUCUCGACAAUCUCUACGACGAUUUGAAGGACCGCACUAAGCUACGCCUCGCAAACAAGAAGCAUGGCGGACUCCACUCCUUCCCAGGCUUUGAUCCUUCCUUCGACGCCCGAAAGAAAACCAACCCUACCAUCAUCAAUAUCGCGCCUGCAAUUCAAAUGAUCGGCGAGCUUUCCAGCGAAGAGAGGGCAAAGUUCUUCAAGGUUCUGCUAAAGAGCGAGGCUUUCGAUCGCUUCCGCGACUUCACGAACAACGUCAAGGAUUGUAUCAAGCUCUCAAAGACUUUCAAGCGUAUCUACGCUGCCAACCAUCCCGAGGAGGAUGAGUCCGCCUAA